CGCUGCACUUCCUCUUCGUAUCGACUAUUGUCCAGACGGAGCCGCGCGGAUACAGAAGGGCACAAAAUCACUACAAAGGACCUUCGAAAGACACUCCAGGUUGUGGAAACAUUUUACUUUUUCACGCAACUUGACUUCUAACGUGUCCGGUUUGUCCUACUAGCGAGGAAACUGCUGCUCAGUGACGACCCCGAGUCGACGUCUCCAUCUCCUCCCUAAGAAGACCUGAUGAUAUCACCUACACAAGUCUGAUAUCACCUCAAGAUAUCACCUCCACAAGUCUGAUAUCACCUCCACAAGUCUGAAGAUAUCACCUCAAGAUAUCACCUACACAAGUCUGAUAUCACCUCAAGAUAUCACCUCCACAAGUCUGAAGAUAUCACCGCCACAAGUCUGACGAUAUCACCGCCACAAGUCUGACGAUAUCACCUCCACAAGUCUGAUGAUAUCACCUCCACAAGUCUGAUGAUAUCACCUCCACAAGUCUGAUGAUAUCACCUGCACAAGUCUGAUGAUAUCACCUCCACAAGUCUGACGAUAUCACCUCCACAAGUCUGAUGAUAUCACCUCCACAAGUCUGAUGAUAUCACCUCCACAAGUCUGAUGAUAUCACCUCCACAAGUCUGAUGAUAUCACCUCCACAAGUCUGAUGAUAUCACCUCCACAAGUCUGAUGAUAUCACCUCCACAAUUCUGAUGAUAUCACCUCCACAAUUCUGAUGAUAUCACCUCCACAAGUCUGAUGAUAUCACCUCCACAAGUCUGAAGAUAUCACCUCCACAAGUCUGAUGAUAUCACCUCCACAAGUCUGAUGAUAUCACCUCCACAAGUCUGAAGACACCUACCCGAGGAGCUCUAGUGUGUGACGCCAUCAGAAUGGGGAACAGCAGCAGUGACCGAGCUAGCGGGGGUCAUGGCGGGAAAGAGGCGCGUCCCAACAUCCUGAUGGACAGCACGGAGGAUGCAGACAUUUUUCAGAGGGAGGAUCAAAAGGCUCCCCAGGAAGAGCAGGAGUUUCUGGCCUGGCAGCAGGACCUGGAGAGUGACAGCAAAAGUCCAACCCCGGCAAAGUCAACAGUCUUCCGUUGGGCGGGAAACGCCAAAGAAGUCUUUGUGUCGGGCUCCUUUAACAACUGGACCACCAAGAUCCCUCUGAAUAAAAGUCAGAACAAUUUUGUGGCAAUCAUGCACUUGCCAGAGGGAGAGCACCAGUACAAGUUCUGUGUCGACGGGCAGUGGACUUUGGAUCCUACCGGGGCGGUGAUCACGACCAAAACCGGGACAGUUAAUAACGUUAUUCAGGUGAAAAGGACCGACUUUGAAGUCUUUGACGCCCUCAGGCUUGAUUCCCAGGAGUCUGCUGAAAUUUCAGACUUGUCCAGUUCCCCUCCUGGCCCCUACCAGCAGGACGCGUACGUCAUCAAGUCCGAAGACAAGCUCAAGCAUCCUCCUAUCUUACCUCCACACCUGCUGCAAGUAUUGCUCAACAAGGACACGGGGAUCUCUUGUGACCCGACACUGCUUCCUGAACCCAACCAUGUGAUGCUCAAUCACCUGUAUGCCCUCUCCAUCAAGGAUGGAGUCAUGGUUCUGAGUGCAACACACCGUUACAAAAAAAAGUAUGUGACCACACUUCUCUACAAGCCAAUAUAGUGACUUCAUUGUUAUGUUGCUGCCUUUCUGACGUGGACACACAUCAUGCUGUUAAUAACAUUGUGUUUGCUUUAAUUAGAGCAGGGGUCACCAACCUUUUUGAAAGCAAGAGCUACUUCUUGGGUAGUGAUUAAUGCGAAGGGCUACCAGUUUGAUACACACUUAAAUAAAUUGCCAGAAAUAGCCAAUUUGCUCAAUUUACCUUUAACUCUGUGUUAUUAUUAAUAAUUCAUGAUAUUUACACUUAAUUGAACGGUUUAAAAGAGGAGAAAACACGAAAAAAAUGACAAUUAAAUUUUGAAACAUAGUUUAUCUUCAAUUUCGACUCUUUAAAAUUCAACCGAAAAAAAGGAGAGAGAAACUAGCUAAUUCAAAUCUUUUAGAAAAAAUAAAAAAAAGAAUUUAUGGAACAUCAUUAGUAAUUUUUCCUGAUUAAGAUUAAUUUUAGGAUUUUGAUGACAUGUUUUAAAUAGGUUAAAAUCCAAUCUACACUUUGUUAGAAUAUAUAACAAAUUGGACCAAGCUAUAUUUCUAACAAAGACAAAUCAUUAUUUCUUCUAGAUUUUCCAGAACAAAAAUUUUAAAAGAAAUUCAAAAGACUUUGAAAUAAGAUUUAAAUUUGAUUCUACAGAUUUUCUAGAUUUGCCAGAAUAUUUUUUUUUUGAAUUUUAAUCAUAAUAAGUUUGAAGAAAUAUUUCACAAAUAUUCUUCUUCGAAAAAACAGAAGCUAAAAUGAAGAAUUAAAUUAAAAUGUAUUGAUUAUUCUUUACAAUAAAAACAAUAAAUUUACUUGAACAUUGAUUGAAAUUGUCAGGAAAGAAGAGGAAGGAAUUUAAAAGGUAAAAAGGUAUAUGUGUUUAAAAAUCCUAAAAUAAUUUUUAAGGUUGUAUUUUUUCUCUGAAAUUGUCUUUCUGAAAGUUAUAAGAAGCAAAGUAAAAAAAUCAAUGAAUUUAUUUAAACAAGUGAAGACCAAGUCUUUAAAAUAUUUUCUUGGAUUUUCAAAUUCUAUUUGAGUUUUGUCUCUCUUAGAAUUAAAAAUGUCAGGCAAAGCGAGACCAGCUUGCUAGUAAAUAAAUAAAAUGUAAAAAAUAGAGGCAGCUCACUGGUAAGUGCUGCUAUUUGAGCUAUUUUUAGAACAGGCCAGCGGGCUACUCAUCUGGUCCUUACGGGCUACCUGGUGCCCGUGGGCACCGCGUUGGUGACCCCUGAAUUAGACGUUUGUAGAAGCAAGGGGUGUCCAAACAUUUUCUUGUGGGGGCCUCAUACAGAAAAAAGGAAGUAUGCAGUUUUUUUUAAUACAUUUUGUAAAUGAAAGAUGUCCAAAAAGAUAGUAUAUAUCAAGCUAUCUGAACAAUACAUCCACGUCUGAGCUUUGUGUUAUAGCUGACAAAGUAAAUCAGUGUAAUAUCAAUCAUCCAUCCAUCCAUCAAUGUUAUACCGCUUGUCCCUCUCGAUAUGUCAUUAAUCAUGAAUGAGUUUUCUUUUUACACUGGCCAAGUGUCAAAGAACAACAAAAUGAUGCUGCCUGGAUGUAUUUCAAUUGUAAUCAAUGGACGUGUUCUUCAGUUCAAGUCAAUAAUGUUGCUAUGCUAACCUUUGUUGCUUCUCAUCGAGGCGGAAUUACAUCCAAGUAGUCGAUUGCUGUAUCGGACCAAAGCUGUAAAAGUGCAGUGCCUUUCUAUUCCAAGCUGAAAAUAGAUAUCAGGAGACCAACAAUUCUAAAAUGUUCAUUUAACUUCGUUUUGUCUUGCCAAAAAAUGAAUAAAUGUACAUUUUCACAUGAAAAGUAUGGUAACUCAAAUAUUCUCAGGUGUU